GUUGUUGCAACUUGCAGCACUCUAACGCGUUAGAUUGUUAUAUAAAUAAAAUCUAAGUUAAGACUACUUCAAUUCCCCAACCUUUUCUUCUCCAACAUAUCAUCAUUAGAGUCACACAUUGAGAGAUAUGGAACUCCAACACUUUAGCCACCAUCAUCCCUUAAUCCUCUCCGAUGAGAGAAUUGAGAACGAAAUCGAUUGCAACGCUUGCGACGAACCCAUCACUGGUUUAACCUACAGUUGCAUUCUCUGCAAAUUUAAUCUCCACAAAUGGUGCUCCGAGCUGCCUCGACAGCUUCACAUCCCCCCACUUCACCCGCACACUCUCACCCUCUCCCCAGAAACAUUUUUAAACGAAUUCCUCUGUAGCUUUUGUCACAGAAAUGAUUUCGGAUUCAGAUACAAUUGUUCUACAGAGUCUUGCCAAUUCAAUCUCCAUGUCCAGUGUGCUUCAUUACCAGACCCGAACCAUGCAUUUCAGUUUCAUGAUCAAAAAACUUACCUGCUUGUUUCCUCAGCCUCUACCAAUUUCGAUCAAAUUGACAGUGUUAGUAUUAACUACGAUGAGCCUUCGGAAAAGACCACUCGUCUAAUGGAACAUUUGAGCCGAAUAACACAACACAGACCCAAACCGUUUGGAGACGAAGAUAGUCCUCUCUGCUAUGUUUGUGGCGAACCUUGCAGAGGCCCUACCCUUCAAAGCUUCGAUGACAAUGACAACAAGACCUACCUCCAUGUCAGGUGUGCACUCUUGCCACUCACUAUAGAUAAGAAAUCGCGCCAUAGGCAUCAAUUCACGCUCGUGCCACCGAUUCAAGAAGAUGACAAUUCAGAUGAGUCUUAUUGUGACAUUUGUGAGCAAGAAAGAGACCCAAGAAAGUACUGGGUCUAUUGCUGCGAUUGCAAACCUAAUCUUGUUUGUCAUAUUAGUUGUGCCAACACUGAGUUAACCCCACCUGUAAAUCUCUUCUCUUCAUGUGCUUUGUAUGUGAAUGUGAUAAAAAGGAUUAAGGAAACUAGGUGGGAGAUUAUUGUAAGUUCAUUGAAUAACGUGUCAAGAUCUCUAAAGGUAGGAGAAGAAUUUCUUUCCAAGAAAAAGGUUUUUUUGGAAAUGAAGGAAGUGAGGUUGACGGAGCGAGAGAAGGAGAAAGACAUGAAACUGUCGGAAUUGGAACAUCGUUGUCACCGCCAUCCCUUAAGACUCUUUAAUGAAGACAAGAAUGAAGCCAUUCUUUGCAAUGGAUGCCAACAACCAAUCUCAGGUUUGACAUACAUUUGCAACAAAUGCAAGUUUUAUCUUCACAAAUCAUGUGCUGAAUUACCCUAUGAAAUUUGGCACAUGCUUCACCAGGAGCACCCCCUCUCCCUCACAGCACAAGAACACGAGUUCAAAUGCAGGGUCUGUGAUUUUGAUUGUACCGGAUUGUCCUUUUGCUGUGAAAUUUGUGGAUUUGAAGUCGAAUUACAGUGUGCUUCAAUACAUGAUGAGUACAAUCAUGAAGGCCAUGAGCACGUGCUCUCUUUAAUCCGCUACAAGCGUCACAAAAAUCUAGUAUUACCUGUCAAAAUCCAAGGGAAAGAAAAGGUAAGAUCUGGGUACGAACCGCCUUGUAAUGCCUGCGGUGAUCCUUGUGAAGGCCUCGCAUUUGAAUGUUUUGGCUGCAAAUUCCAACUACACAUCAAAUGUGCCACAGCACCGCCAUCUACUAAACUCAAAUGUCACAGGCAUUCCUUAGUACUGACCUAUUCCGUGGUAGAAAAUCCAGAAGAAGAGUAUGUCUGUGACGCAUGUGAGACAGAUAGAAAACCAAACCUCUGGGCCUAUAAGUGUGCAGAAGGGUGUGAUUUUGUUGCCCAUGUAAGUUGCUGGAACCAACCAUAAUCAUCCACUAACAUUUACAUCACAGCCAGAGGAAAUUGAAGAUCUAUUCUGUAAUUGUCAUUUAUGUUGGUUUGCUUUGUUUGUUUUACAAUGAAAUUUGUUGUUUAGUUUAAAUAGAAUGAAUAUCUCUAGUGUAUUUUACAUAGUAUGUAUGUGCUGUAUAGUUUUCUGGGAUUUGAAUGAAACUCCACCAGAUCAAUAAAACAGUAACAGGAGAUCAUUACAGUUGACAAA